AUGGCUGGCCGGACCCUAGCUCUCCGCUACGGUCCGCCUUGGACCCCCAUCUCUGGGGCCGAGGUGCCUGGAUCCUGUCCCAACUGGCAUCUCACUAGCAGUGGCGUCGCCCACCAUGUUAUCCCAGCCGUGUCCUUCCCCCCGCCCACUAUGCAGCUGGGAGACUACCCACCGCGCGGCUUACCUGCCCAAGGCCCACGGCGGACCCUACGCGCAACCCAGAGCCCCAGAGCCUGCGGACCCCACGCGGGAUGUGGGGAUGAAGGAUUUAGGGGAAAAGCUCAGACACAGCGGCUGGCGCCUCCCCCUGACCACUAAGCACCAGUGCAGCGAGACCAGGGCGCAGUACACCGGCUGGCCGGAGCUGGACCAGCCCGCCAGCUUCCCGGUGGGACACCGGCCCUGGGAGCUCUCCAACCGUCGCCAAGUGGGCCCUUCGCAGGCAGCACGAGGUGGACGGGGCACCGGAACCGCACCUUCAGAUCGGAGACACCGAGCGCAGAGGAAAUCCCCGGGCAGGGCGAGAAGGGGGUUUGGAAGCUGGUUCUAAUUCCGUGGGCCAAGAACCAUGAGCUGGCAGGCAGGUCCUUCGUAGUCUCCGACGAGGGCAUCCUGGACCACCACCAGCUCUAUCUGACCACCUCUGCCAGGGACUUCCCGGCCUACUCCAAGAAGGAGGUGUCGGGAUACCCCCGCAAGGACUCGCUGACCUACUGGAGCUCGGAGGAGGCGCCCCAUGUCUGGGGCCCAGGUGGGAAGUGGCAGCCCUGUCCGCUCUCCUCCCGGCUGCCCCAGGCGCGGGGGACCCGCGUGCCCCGAGUCGCCCCUGCGGCGCCCGCCGUGCCACACCGCGGGAUGCUGCCCCAGGCGCAGGAGUCCUACAGCCCCCCGCUGCACCCACUCCGCUCGCUGGACCGUUUCUGCCCGGUGGAGUUGCCCUGGGGCGGCCUCCACUGGAAGCCGCUGACCGGCAUCCACCGCGUGCCGCAAGCCUACCGCACCGAGAACUCGCUGUACGGCAGCCAGAAGCUGGCGCUCGUCUGA